AAGCACUCAGUCAACCUAACUGUUUUGUAGAUCAGUCCAGCAAAACAAAUAACAUGUACGCGAAACUCGCUCUCAUCGCUGUUCUCAUAGCCGUGGUGGUCGCGUCGCCUGCGCCCGUGCCCGGUGGACAUCACAAGAAACAUGUGACUAUCCACGUCCCGUAUAAAGUGCACACGAUUCAUCAUCAUCACGUGAAGAAAGUUCAUGUUCCCGUACAUGUACCAGUAGUUAAAGAAGUUGAAGUUGUGAAAGAAGUGCCAGUGGUGAAACACGUGCCAGUACCUGUUGUAAAGCAUGUGCCAGUGCCGGUAAUAAAGAAGGAGAUCGUCGUGAAGAAGGUGUACGUGCCGAUCAAGGAGCAAUCCCAUGGCUGGGAGAAACCGAGCCACGGCUGGGAGAGCCAAGGAUGGAGCGGAGAUUCGCUGUCGCAUGACUGGAACUGAUCGUAUUAUGAUCACUUUCUUAUGUUAAAGUAAUAAUAAGUACAAUCACAUCA